AUGAAGGUGAUAACUAAGCUCGAAGAUAUUACUAAAUAUCUAAAAAAUAAAGACAAAGAAGAUAUUCAGAAAAUACUAAUAGUUAAUAAUGGGCUUCGCUUUGACUAAAAUAAUCAACUAAAAACAUUUUUCAAUUUUAUAUCAAAAGUAUCUUCUAAAGUUAAUGAUAUUUAGAUCUAAAUGAGCAAUAUAGAUAAUGAUAGUGAUAGCUUAUUAGAAGACUUGAAAUAGCUGCAAAAGUUAAAUUUCUAAAAUCUUCAAUUCUAAUUAGAUACUACAAAUUUCAUUUAGAAAUCUCAACCUGAUAUCUACUCUGAAGUUUUAUAAUUUGCUGCAGACAUUAUCUCAACUGGAAAAUUUUACAAAUUAAAAUUAAAUAUCUAAAAUGAAUUAAAGAUAGACAUAAAUUAGUAAAUAGUCUCAAUAAAAUACAAGUAAAUAUCACCAGUUAGGCAAUAAAAUUUGAUAGAAGGAUUUAGCAAUUUACUCUCUGCUUUAAAGCAAGAUAUGAUUUCAAAGUUGUUUAAAGUUAAUAAUUAAAAAUUUUUCUGA